AAGAACAUGCGACGAAUCUCUCCAAGAGAGUUGAUCUCAUUUUACUACACAUAUGGAGGAUCAAAAAUAUCCCUGCAACCAUCGACCCACUUCAGUCCUACUUUUGUAGCACCAUUCACAUCGAAAUCCCAAUUUCUCCAUGAUAUAUCGAAACCCCAUGUUUCUCCAGAGAAGGAUGAUCGAUGGUUAGGGCUCAUUCGCCUCGAAAACAAGUCUGGAGCCACUCCCAAUGAUCAACCCUACGAUGAGUUUUCAGGUGAUGUCGAGAAAGUCUACAGGAUCUUAAGAAAAUUCCACUCACGGAUUCCAAAACUGGAACUCGCAUUACAAGAAUCCGGUGUUUUCGUUCGCCCAGGUUUAACAGAACGUGUAUUGAACCGUUGCGGUGAUGCUGGGAACUUGGGAUACAGGUUCUUCGUUUGGGCAUCAAAACAACCCGAUUACAGACACACCCAUGACGUAUACAAAUCGAUGAUUAGAAUUUUAGGGAAAAUGAGGCAAUUUGGUGCGGUUUGGGCUCUUAUUGAAGAAAUGAGGAAAGAAAACCCACAACUUAUAACACCCCAAGUGUUUGUUGUAUUGAUGAGAAGGUUUGCUUCAGCUAGAAUGGUGAAUAAAGCAGUCCAGGUGUUAGACGAAAUGCCUAAGUAUGGAUGUGAGCCUGAUGAGUAUGUAUUUGGGUGUUUAUUAGAUGCAUUAUGUAAAAAUGGCAGUGUUAAAGAAGCUGCAUUACUUUUUGAGGAUAUGAGAGUGAGGUUUACACCCACAAUUAUGCAUUUCACUUCAUUGUUGUAUGGUUGGUGUAAAGAAGGUAAACUAAUGGAGGCCAAAUUCGUUUUGGUGCAGAUGAGAGAAGCCGGUUUUGAGCCUGAUAUCGUUGUUUACAACAAUUUGCUUAAUGGGUAUGCCGUGGCCGGAAAGAUGGUGGAUGCAUUUGAUCUUUUGCAAGAAAUGAGACGAAAAGGGUGUGAUCCGAAUGCGAUUUCGUUCACUGUUUUGAUCCAAGCACUUUGCUGUCAGGAGAAGAUGGAGACUGCGAUGCAGGUUUUCUUGGACAUGGAGAGGAGUGGAUGCGAGCCGGAUGUUGUUACUUAUACGACAUUAAUAAGCGGUUUUUGUAAAAGGGGAAAGACCGAAAAGGGUUAUGAGCUAUUGGAUCAUAUGAUACAAAAAGGGCAUACUCCAAAUCAGACCACUUAUUUGCAUAUUAUGAAUUCACAUGAAAAGAAAGAUGAAUUGGAGGAAUGUUUAGAACUUGUGAACCAGAUGAAGAAGAUUGGUUGUUUUCCAGAUGUUAAUAUUUACAAUACUCUUAUCCGGUUAGCAUUUAAGUUAGGGGAGGUUAAAGAAGGGGUUCGAGUCUGGAACCAGAUGGAAUCGGAAGGGAUUGGUCCUGGAAUCGACAAUUUUGUGAAUAUGAUUCACGGGCUUAUCGAUCAAGAAUGUUUAGUUGAAGCUUGUGAGUACUUUAAAGAAAUGGUGGGAAGAGGUCUUCUUUCGGCUUUUCAGUAUGGUCUUUUGAAAGAUCUCCUGAACUCGCUUUUAAGAGGUGAAAAGCUCGAAUUGAGUAAAGAUUUAUGGAGUUGUAUCGUGAAUAAAGGGUGUAAGCUUAACGUUUACGCUUGGACCAUUUGGAUUCACGCGCUUUUUGCCAAGGGACACGUGAAAGAGGCUUGUUCUUACUGUUUGGAUAUGAUGGAAGCUGGUGUGAUGCCACAACCUGAUACUUUUGCGAAGCUCAUGAAGGGUUUGAGAAAACUGUACAACCGACAGAUUGCUGCGGAGAUAACGGAGAAGGUGAGACAGAUGGCUGCCGAGAGGAAAAUAACGUUUAAAAUGUAUAAACGGCGUGGUGAAAGGGAUUUGAAAGAGAAAGCCAAGGCCAAAAAGGAUGGAAGGAAAACAAGGGCUCGUAGACGUCAAUGGGGCCGUGCUAAAGCUGGUAGUAUUUGA